AUGCAGUACAUCUCUGCCGCCGCUUUGGCAUUCGCGCUGGGCGCGUCUGCCCGCCCUCAAGCUGGAUACCCGCACUAUCCGUACCACCAGGACUGCAGUGCUGAGUACGUUACUGUGACCGCUCCCGGCUCUGCUCCUCCGGCUAGCAGUGCAGGACCCAAGUCGUCCUCCGCAUUCUACCCAGUGGGCAGUGCCUCUGGCACGGGUUACUCGUACCCGAUGCCUACCGGCACCGGCAUCUACCCAAUUCCUUCGGGGACCGGCGUCUAUCCCGUCCCAUCGGGCUCGAGCAUGCCAGUGAUCCCAACUGGAUCUCCUAGCUCCUCCUCUGCUGUCUACUACAGCAGUGCGGCCGCAGCCUCCUCGGGCGCCGCCUCUUCGGGCGCCUACACCUACCUGGCAAGCGGAAGCAGCUCCUCCGUCCUCGUCGACGCAGCGUCGGCCUCUUCUGCGGCUGCUAUGUCCACCUCCCCGGCCACCCCAAGCGGCGUCGGCUCCUCCGGUGGCUCCCUCCCGCAAUCCUCCGGCACCUCCGUCCUCUCCGCCGUCCAGACCAUCGCCGCCGGCGAGACUUUCGACUGCGGCAUGAAGGCCUUCGAUCGCGGCGUCAGCUGCACUGGCCAAGAGGAGGGUGGUGACAGCGACGCUGUCUUCGAGCUCGAGAACGGCGCUACCCUGUCCAACUGCAUCAUCGGUCCCAACCAGAUUGAGGGUGUGCACUGCUUCGGCGCUUGCACGUUGACCAAUGUGUGGUGGCCAGCGGUUUGCGAGGAUGCGUUCACGAUCAAGGAGCAGGAGGACGGCGAGACGACUACGAUCACUGGCGGUGGUGCCUUCGGCGCUGAGGACAAGGUUCUCCAACACAACGGCGGCGGCUCCCUCUCCGUGACCGGCUUCACCGUCGACAACUUCGGCAAACUCUACCGCUCGUGCGGCAACUGCGACUCCAUGCCCGAGCGCCACGUGAUCAUGGACGACAUAACCGCCACCGGCGGCUCCAUCAUCGCCGGCAUCAACUCCAACUACGGCGACACCGCCACUCUCUCCAACAUCAACAUCUCCGACGUUGGCGACGUUUGCGUCACCUACACCGGCAACGACAACGGUGACGAGCCCGAGGAGAACGGCUCCGGCCCCAGCGAGAACUGCAUCUACUCUGAGUCGGAUGUCACGGAGAUCUGA